AUGUCAUUCAGAAAUAAUAAUAUUAAAAUUAAUAAUUAUGAAGAAAAUCGUCGUCGACGCCAAAGACGACGAAUUACAAUGCAAAAGAAAGACUAUGAAGAGUUGGAAAGAAAAGAAACUGACUCUCAUAGAUCUUCUGGCUUCGAAACGAUCGGGGAUCGUGUUCGACAACGUAGAGAAGCCAGUGAAAAUCGUUUAAUUAACGAUUUUCUUCGAGAGAGGGAGACUGGACGUCUUGACUUAGAAAAAUAUCGUCAAAGACGUGAAGAAGCUAUUGCCUCUCUUGAAAGAAAAAGAAGAAAUACCCGCACUAUUGGAGAGUACGGAACUACUUCUAUUAUUGGUGGUACUGCUGAUAAUAGAGUAGUUAGCGGAGCUAGUGCUGGUACUACUUCUUUAAUAGAAGAUCCCCAAUUAGACCCCUCUUUUGUCCCUCCUCAAAAUGCCCCCUCUGACCCCUCUCAAGAAACCCCUUAUGCCCCACCUAUUAUAGCCCAACCAGCGGAUGAUACAUUAUCUGAUGCAGAGGUUCAAGCUAUUCUAGAGGAAAUACUCAAUGAAGAGGAAUAUGUUACAUUAGAUUUCCUCACUCUAGAUAGAAUAGAACCUACAGAAAAUGAAUUGCAUCUAAUCCGUCUGGCAAGAGAAAAUAAUACUGAUGAAGAAAUAGAAUUCAGUAUUAUUAGAAGAAGAGAUUUUGGGCUAGAAUAUACUGCGCAGGUAUGGGGUGGUAUGCUAGGGGAAACCUAUAGAAUAAGUCAAUUAAUUAAACAACAUGACUUAAUCCCCCUAGUUGAGUUUGUAUUUGGUGGUCGACAACGACGAUUUAUUAUUAAUUUAGAAAAUGUCGAACCACAAGAAUUCAUUAAUAGAUGUGUGGGGUUUAAUGUUGGUAUAGAAGAAUUUUGGAGGAGAUAUGAUGAUGAAGAAAGUGAAUUAUAUAUUCCACCAGGAAAAAUAGUAAAAGAAAUCAUCAUAUCAAUAGUUAAACCUCCACAAAGAGAAAGAAUUGAAGGAGCAUUGUUUAAUUACUUCUUAACAGAACAUUGGGCUCCAUUGAAAAACAUUUUAAGAAGAUAUCAAAUAUAUCUUAAAGAAGAAAUUACCAAUGUUGAAAAUUGUUUUAUCAAUUCCCUUCAUGAAAGUGGACUUUUAACAAAGAAUGAAUUAGCUCAAAUUAAAACAAAGCUAAAAGGAAAUUCAGUCACAAAGAAAAUAAUUGAUAUUAUAGCAAAGGAAUAUAAAUUAAAUAUUAUUCUUCGAUAUUAUAACAAAAGUAAGAUUGUUAUAAAUAAUAUUAAUUAUGGAGAAAGAACAAUAAAUCUGUUUUUAAUACGGUGGAAGAAUAACUUUCAUUAUGUGAUUGAUGAAAAAGUCCCAAUUACAUCAUAUUUUAUAAAACAUUAUGAUGAAAUAAUAAAUUAUUGUAAUGAAAAAGGGAAAGAUUUAGAGAAAUAUUUUAAUGUUGUUAAAAAAGAGAAAAAUGAAUAUAAACACUCAUUAACAAAAUUUAUUACAAUAAAUAAAUGUUUAGAAUUAUUAAAAGAACAAGGGGCAAUUGAAGAAAUAACAAGAGAUUAUAUGAUAAAGAAAAAAUAUUAUGAUUCUUUUCUGUUUACACCAGAAAAUAUUAAUCUAGUAUUUGAUGAAUCAAAACUAAUUGAAGAACCAAAAAAGAAAGAAGGAGAAAGCACAAUAUUAUUUGCUGAUUUUGAAUGCUUUACAAAUAGUGAUUAUCAUAAACCAUUUUGCAUUAUUGUAAUGGAUGUAAAUGGAAUAUGGAAAAAGUUUUAUGGAAUAAAUUGUGCAUCAAAAUUUAUUGAAUAUAUUCAAACAAUUAAAUCUCCUUUAUGUUACUUCCAUAACUUAGGAUAUGAUGGAAGAUUUUUUGCAAAAUAUGGAAUUAAUGAUAUAAUUGAAAAGGGGAAGAUGAUAUAUAAAAUGACAAUUGAAAUAAAUGGAAAGAAGAUAGUCUUUAAAGAUACACUUGCGUUAAUCCCAACAAGUAUCUCCAAAUUUAAACAAUUCUUUAAACUUGAAGGGGAUUAUGAAAAAGAAAUCUUUCCAUAUAAUUAUUAUAAUGAAGAAACUAUGCAGAUAGGGGUAAUAAAUAAUUGUUGGAAUAAAGAAGUACCUCAUUGGUCUUCAGAUAUGAUUUAUCAAUUUAAAGAAAAUAUUAAUAAAACACAUUGUAAAAUUGAUGAUAAUCAUUUUAAUACAGAAAAAUAUUGUGAAUAUUACUGUCUGAGAGAUGUUAUGGUACUUAGAGAAGGAUUUUUAAAGUAUAGAGAAAUGGUAAAGAAUAAUUUGAAAUUAGACUGUACAGAUUAUACAACAUUGAGUUCAUUAGCUUAUAACUUCUUUAAAAUUAAUUGUUUUACUAAAGACAUGUUGUUCGAGUAUACAGGAAAUGUUAGAGAAUAUAUUAAAAAAGCAAUCUAUGGGGGUAGAAAUAUGACAGGAGAAAAUAAAAAACAUUAUGUUGUUGGUCAAAUAGUAGAUUUUGACGCAUGUAGUCUUUAUCCCUCUGCUGUAGCAAGAUUGUUUCUUCCAUCUGGAGUUCCACGUGUUAUGAAUAAACCAAUAGAAUGGUAUUUGGAACAUUUAAUGAAAGAACAACAAUAUGAAACUACACAAUAUCGAUUUAUUUCAUAUUUUAUAGUAACAAUAGAAAUUACUAAAGUAAAUAAGAAAAGAAAAAUGCCUAUCAUCAUCAAAAAAGUAAAAGGAAUUAAUCAGUAUGUUAAUGAACCAACAAUAAUGACAGUUGAUUCAAUAUACUUAGAAGAUUUAAUUAAAUAUCAAGAAAUUGAAUAUGAAGUAAAAGAAGGAAUCUAUUGGGAAGGGGGAAAAGUUAGUUUAUUCAAAGAAAAGAUAAAGGAAAUAUAUAAUAUAAGAAAACAAAAGAAAGUAGAACAUGAUCCAAGUGAAGUAAUAUUUAAAUUAAUAAUGAAUUCCUGUUAUGGUAAAACAAUACAAAAACCUAUAAUGGUAGAGAAAAAAAUCUUUAGAACAAGAACAAAAAUGCUCUCCUAUUGGAGAAGAAAUUUAGAAGAUAUUUUAUCAGGAGAACAAUUGUUUGAAUCAGAUAUUUGGGUACUUCAAACAAAGAAACAGUUGGAUGAAUUUUAUGUACCUAAUAUUAUUGGUGUAUUGAUCCUUUCUAUGUCUAAAAGGAUUAUGAAUGAAUUAAUUUACUUAUGUGAAGAUAAUAACAUAAAUGUUUAUUAUCAGGAUACUGAUAGUAUACAUAUUGAAAAAGAUAAAUUAGUUCAAUUGAGAGAAUCCUAUUAUAUCAAAUAUAAUAGUGAAUUAGUGGGAAAUGACAUAGGUCAAUUCCAUUCUGACUUCCCACCAGUGAAUGGAAAAGAAAGUUGGGCAAUUAAGUCUAUCUUUCUAGGUAAGAAGUCUUACCUUGAUGUCCUCACCAAUGAAGAUGGGGACAUUGAUUAUUUGAUAAGAAUGAAAGGAAUCCCUAAGGAUGUAAUCAUUGGCACAGCCAAUGAGAAGUUCAAAAGGGAUGUGAUUGCCUUAUAUGAAUAUUUAUAUGCAGGCAAUCCUAUACCUUUGAUUUAUCAAAGUAUGGUCCUCACUUUGUUAUAG